AUGUUCUCCUGUGCUCGAAGCCGCGUCGCGGCCUUUUCUUCGACGUGGGCCCCGCGCGCCAUCGCCCGCGCCAGCUACACAACAACCAUCCCUCGCCUUUCAGAGAACCGCAUGGCAGCCAACGACCCGACCCCGCGUCCUCCCAAGCCCAAUGUCUCCGCUACCGAUGCCACUCCCACCGACUCAUACGGUAGCUGGGAUACCCCUCUGCAGGAAAGCGUCGAGGCCGGCGAGCGGAGCCGCGAGCUGCAGGCCCCCAACCGUGCCACGACAUGGGCUGCCAGCCAGCAGCCUCGCGAGCAGGGCAUGACCGGCCCUCGUUUCGAGCAGACCAUUUUCGAGCUCCAGCCUCAACCAUUGGCCGCCAUUGAGCUCAUUCACAAGCAGCCCGUGAACUGGACCAAGAAGAGAAUCGUCAGCUGUGACGGUGGCGGUGGUCCCACAGGCCACCCUCGCGUCUUCAUCAACACGGAUAAGCCCGAGAUUGCUACCUGCGGCUACUGCGGUCUUCCCUUUGCCCAGGAGAAGCACCGUGCAUACCUCAAGUCCCUCCCUGCCACCAGCUAUCCCCUGGAACCCACCGCUGAUCCCGCCCAGGUGAAAGAUGAGCAACCUGUUGUCGAGGGUGCAUUUGAGCAGCGGUAG